AUGGCCGAGAUCCUUGGAAUAGUUGCUAACGUCGCAGCUCUUAUACAGCUUGCUCAUUAUGGUGAAAAGUUCGCAAAGGCUUUGCUCAACUUCUCGAAACAGAAUAGUUCUCCGCGGAAAGAAGUUGAUCGAUGUGCCUCCCAAGCACAAGACUUCUCGGAUUGUAUCAAUAUGACUCAUUUCACUCUCGAACGACACUUCGCAAAUUUCACCAAGUCUCCUCUUCUUCAAUAUCUUUCAUCCCAAGGGAUACUCGAUCGGAUACUGAAUCGAUCGAAAUCAAUAGAAUGGCAGCUCGAUAAAGCAACCAUACGAGUCCGAUCACUUCUUGGGGGCGGAAACGCCGUUUUCAACUUUCUCAAGUGGUGGUAUCAGAAGGACAGCAUCCUAGAUCUAUUUCCAGAGAUGAAUUCUGUAAAAAUCAGUCUUCAGCUGCUUGUGUCCGCCACUCAACUCGAGGUUCUCGACAUGGAAUGCAAAGAUUCACUCUGGGAUACUGAGAAAUUGAUUUCGAAUGAGAAACACAUUAAUCACCUGAAAAAGGUCAUUAGAGUCCACCAGCUCUCUCUACGAGAUUAUGUUACCAUUAGGAAGAAGUAUGGUGAAAACUGGGAGUGUCCCGAAGCCCAAGUUCGUCUCAUCAGAGUCGUCAGAGUCAUCUACCAGGACCAAGGAGACCUACAAAUCUUCAACGUCGGGCAAUUCCAUGCCAUCAGUAUCUUCAGCUCCUUCACGUGGAGCAAGCUCCCAAACGGAGGCACGUCAUUAUGA